UUUAUCUCCCUCUGCUCUCAUGUGUCAGGCCCGGACCAGAGCCAGGUGGGCUGCAGGGAGCUGAGGUCCACAAAGUACAUCUCUGAUGGCCAGUGUACCAGCGUCAACCCCAUCAAGGAGCUGGUGUGUGCUGGGGAGUGUCUGCCAGCCCACCUGCUGCCCAACUGGAUCGGCGGGGGGGCUGGGGUUUACACUGGGAGGCACUGGAGCCGCCGCGACGCCCAGGAGUGGCGCUGCGUCAUCGACCGGACCAGAACCCAGCGGAUCCGGCUGCAGUGCCAGGACGGCAGCUCCCGGACCUACAAGAUCACCGUGGUAACCUCCUGCAAGUGCAAGCGCUACUCCAGAGAGCAGAAUGACUCGGGACACAAGGACAGGUCCGUCCACAGAGGGAACGAGAGGAAACUUCAGAGGAAGGCUGGACCGCCUGAGGAGAAACCUGGGGGGCAGACCGAAAACGAACAGAGUUAGUUCAUCAGGAAGUGUGAGGAGGAAGAGCAGGUGAUCCUGAAGGAGCCAUGUCUUCAUGAGGAUUGCAAUGAGCUUAUUCUUCCUGAGGUCCACACACACAUACAAACAGUAACAUACUUUAGCCACCUGAACACAACACCUCAUCUUAUUUAGUUAACAAACAAGACUGAAAGUGAAACAAUAAUGACCAUCCUGCCACAUCGUUAACCCACACACGAAACAAUCAAACACUUUCUCAAUAGUUAUUACACACUUCUACUACACAUAAAGUAGUAAUUUGUGAAAAACAGAAGUAGUAGUUUCUGAAAACACUUUAAAUUAAAUAUUUAUCUAUCCUGCGUCUACAGAAAAGUGAAAUUCCAAGAAUAUAGGGUAUUUAAUUAAGUAUUUAAUCUAUUAUUGUGACAAAUAUUUUGAGAUCUGUUAGCCUAGCUUAGCAUAAAUGCUGGAAGCAGGGUGACACCGCUAGCCCGGCCCCGUCCAAAGUACGACCACCUAGAAAGCUCAAUGAUUUGUAUUGUGGUUUACUCUGUACACAAAAAGGAAUGUUCAAAUCAGUGUUUGGCUUUAGGGUGAACUAUUUAGCUGGAACUGUUAACACUUUUGUCAUCUGCCGUCACUUCUGUAUGAUGUCACUGUCCAGCUUCACUGUGAUGGAAGACCUCAGAAAGCUGCACACAGUCCCCACAGCUGACUGUUCAGCACAUAUAUGUCAUUUCUGUAUGUGUACAGAUGAAACAAAAACAAGGUGUAAAGUAGUGAGUUUUACACCAUUUUUCUCCCAAUGAGUACAGAACCAGGCUCCCUGUUUCUUAUUGUUUCCCCUGUUUAUGCUAAGCUAGGCUAUCUAUGAACGGCAUCUAUUGGAAUAAUUUGCAUGUCUAAAUCUGACAGGGGUGAAUCACGAACACAUCUUGAGACAUUAUUUGUUCACUAAAUGGUUAGAGCAGGCCUCUGUGCAAGUUAAGCUUUGCCUUACAGACAAAGAGCAGCUGUGCUCUGUUAGGCAGCCAGACAAACCUGCAAAAUGCAAAACACUGAUUAACCUGAUCCCAAACACACUGACAAUCAUCCAGUGGGACUCUGGCAGGGGCAGGAAUCAUAACGCUGCUCAUUUUACUGCAGAGAAGAAUGGAGGAAAAGUUGACUUUGUGCCAAUCUAAAAUCCCAUUAAUCCACUAGAAUUCCAAGAACAUUUAAGAUGGCCAGAAACCAGAUUUGACAUUUAAUAUUAGGAUUAUAUAAACCCUGUACUUUACAAUUGGUUUCCCUUUGAUGUUAUGGUAGCACACAAAACAUGGUUGUUGUAACAGGAAACGUUUUUUGAAAGGAAAGCUAAACAACUCUUCCUCACCAGAGGGGCAGGCAGGUGUUGGUUUUUAUACUCACUUUAAAUGCAUAUUUCGAGUACUUCAGAUAAAAUUGUCUAUAUGGAAGUUUUACAUUCAGUAUCAACAGUUUGACAAUAAUCAACACCAGUUCCUCAUAAUGUUUUAUAGAAAAUGUAAUCCAGGUGGCUUUAUGAUUACUUUGAAACAAAAUGCUCUUCCAAAUGAGUUAUAGAAACAUAAGUUACAGGAGACAGGUCUGAGUAUUAUUAAUAGUCAGUUUUAAACAGUAAGUAGCUUCUCAUCUAUGCUUGAUAUGUGCAUUUUGAACUGCUCUCAGAGUGCUGAUCCGACUCGGUGUGUAACGCUUUAUUCUGCCACUUAUGGUAUGUGUGUUUUCUGUAGAGCCUUUGUGUGAACAAUAAUAUAAACUGUUAUCUAUUACAUAAUAAAAGCUCAACAGACUUAGGAUGCAAAACAUGUGAAACAUAAUGUUGCAAUGGUUUAUAAAAGUUUCAAAUGUGAAGUUCGAUGUAUUAAAUAGAAUGAUGCUUAGUUAGCGUGAGUGUUAUGUACAAUAUGUGGGGAGAUUUUAUGGGUUUUUCAGAGUGGCAUACAAUUUAU